GUCGUCACGUCACGGAUCUGCAGCGACCGACAGAGAUGCUGAGGUGACAGGCAGAAGGAGAAAAGGGACGAGCACAUUCAGACAUAUUUCACCCCGGCACGUUUAUUUUUAUUUUAACCGCCGACACGACAGCCUCCGUCUUUUCCUAUGGACGGUUCGCUCGCUAUGGGAUUCCGCUUAAUGUCGCCUCCACCGACGCCUCCAAACGUAGAGGAUUUUUUGUAACCACACCCGGCUCUUCUUUGGAUCAAGGAUUGGCUCUAAAGACCCGAGGCUUCCGUAGGGUUCUCCAUCAAGACUAAAAAUGCCCGGCCUAAUCUAAGGUUGCUGGUUGAGGGGGGAAGCAGUGAGGACAGCGUCCCUGGUCCACAGACGGGAUGAGCGGGGGAGCGGAGCAAGCUGACAUCCUAAGCGUGCUCUCCCUGGUCAAGGAACGAUGGAAAGUGGUCAAGAAAAUCGGGGGUGGUGGGUUUGGAGAGAUCUACGAGGCGGUGGACCUGAUGACCCGGGUCAGUGUGGCGCUGAAGGUGGAGUCGGCGCAGCAGCCCAAACAGGUGCUGAAGAUGGAGGUGGCUGUGCUCAAGAAGCUCCAGGGUAAGGACCACGUGUGUCGCUUUGUGGGAUGUGGCCGCAAUGACCGAUUUAACUACGUAGUAAUGGAGCUUCAGGGCCGAAACCUGGCUGACCUCAGGAGAAGUAUGACACGAGGAACCUUCAGCAUCAGCACCACGCUGCGCCUCGGGCGUCAGAUCCUGGAGGCCAUCGAGAGCAUCCACUCUGUGGGCUUCCUGCACAGGGACAUCAAACCAUCAAACUUCGCCAUGGGCCGCUUCCCGAGUACAUGUCGAACCUGCUACAUGUUGGACUUUGGUUUAGCUCGCCAGUUCACCAACUCUUGUCAGGAGGUCCGACCUCCCCGUCCAGUGGCAGGUUUCAGGGGAACAGUUCGUUAUGCAUCCGUCAAUGCACACAAGAAUAAGGAGAUGGGCCGACAUGAUGACCUUUGGUCUCUCUUCUACAUGCUGGUGGAGUUUCUGGUUGGUCAGCUCCCAUGGAGGAAGAUCAAGGACAAAGAGCACGUGGGGAAGCUAAAGGAGACUUACGACCAUCGUCUCAUGCUCAAACACCUGCCAGCAGAGUUUGGGGUCUUCCUGGAGCACGUUUCCAGCCUUGACUACUUCACCAAGCCGGACUACCAGCUGCUUAUGUCAGUGUUUGACAACAGCAUGAAAACCUACAACGUGGUGGAGAAUGAUCCUUAUGACUGGGAGCGCACUGGAACAGAUGGCACCUUGACAAUCAGUGCUGCAGCCACAACACCACAACAUCACACCCGCCUCACCCCGGCACACAUGGGCAUGGCGAAUGCCUCCCUGAUCCCUGGUGACCUCAUGAGAGAAAACACAGAUGAGGUUCUACAGGACGAGCAGCUCAGUGACGUGGAGAACAAUCCUGCUCCGGAGCGUCUGUCAGGCUCUCCUUUACACCCACACCGCAACCAGGAGGCUGAUGUGUGGGAGGAGCUGGACCGUAACAGAAACCGCAUCAGGACAGCAGUGUGGAAGGCGGGAACGGAGGAGGAACACAGCAACAACCAGGGUAACCAAGGACACCAGAGCCCAUACGCUGGGCCGAGCCUGGGCUCCCCGGUCAAACACUCUGAGGUGGGUGCUGCAGACCGUGAUGGCCCUCUGCUGAGGAAGCUCCGCAACAUUCAUAGUUUUGAGCUGGAGAGGAGGCUGGGCCUGGAGUCCAAACCUAGUCCAGAGCGCUUUGUUGAGGCCUGCCCAUCAAAGCAGCAGCUCGGCACCCAGCACCAGGAGAAAGACACAGAUGGGGCUGCAAUCAUCCCUGUCACUCAGGGUCAGACUGUACCAGCUGGGGAGCGUCCUGAUCGGGUCUGGCACUACGACGAGGAGUUUCGGUCUAACGGCGGCUCUCCCAAGCCACAAUCUUCUGGAUCUCUGGAGCAGGGAGAGGGGGCUGUCAGCAGCGGGGGCUUUGUGGCCCUUAAUCUGAGCUCUGGGAAGCAGGACGUUGACUCAAAAGAGUGGGUAAUGGUGGAGCGGCCCAGCGGCUCCCCAGGAGCCAAAGUCACCUCCAGCCCUUCGGAGGAGGAUGACGAGCCAGAGGUGCUGCAGGCAGGGGAGCGAUCUCCUGCAUGGGACAAGGGCAGCCCGAGCCCAAGCUCUGGUAAAGCUAAACAAGAAAGCGCGGCUUCCUCCAAGGGAAGUGCUAAAGUGGACAAGUUGGAACUCAGUGUUGGCCCUGCAGGGGCUCUACCCCCGAUCACUCCUACCAGUCCAGCUGAAGCUCUGGCUGAGGGAGUUCUCACCCAGCUCCCCACCUCUCCUCCGUCCCUGCCUGAGGAGGUUGCAAUCCGGACAUCCAGCCCCAUCCCUCUGCGUUCUCCCAGCCCUCACACCCUCCUGACCACUCUAUCGGACCCGCUGCACCUGCGCGAGCCAAGCAUGAGGCGCAGCCAGUCCGCCGACCAGCAGCAGCGGCAGCAGGAGCGUCCCACCUCUUCCUCCUCCUGCCACGCCUCCCUACCGCUCCCACAGCACCCCGCCCCUGGCACUCGCUCACCAAAUCGCCGGAAGCUGCCGGCCAUCCCGGCGGGUGCUGCCAACACCAAGUUCCCUUCUGUCAUACGUAUCACCCGCGCCCAGCUUCAGCAGUUGACGGCUCAGCGUCCCUCUGGGUUGUCGUCUCAGUCUGGAUCAGACAGUGCCCCACAGUGCCUCCUGCUGGAGAGGCGAGGUGAAGCUGAAGCUGAGGCUCAGCAAGUCCAGGAGCACCUGGACUCCCCACAGGACAAUGUGCCCACCCACCCAGGGACGCCAACAGACCCCCUGGCUGAGAUGCUGGUCAACGGAAACAACCACACCAAAGCUCUAAGCCCUGUGCCGAGUCAUGCAUCUUCCCCGCGCUCCCCCCGCUCUCCACACUCGCCUCCUGUGCGCUCACCUUCCUCUCCGCGCUCCCCUUGCUCCCCUCGCUCCCCUCGCAGCCCCGUCUUCGCCAAUGGCCACCUCUCCCCCGUGAACGGCCAAAGAGAUUUAAGUAACGGAGCGUUCCCCACGCUGAAAGACUCUGAGAAAGAUCCUCCUGCCACAGAGCCUCAGUUAAAGGAGGAGGAGGGCAAAGAAGUCGACCAGGCUCCAGAUCAGACAAAUGGCCCCGCCUCUUCCCCUCCAGCUGCCCCGCGUAAGGACCCUAGCCGAAGGCAAAGUCGUAUCCCAGUCCUGGAGCCGUCCAGCCUGCUGGAGCUCCCUCCUCCAGGAUCCGCCAAGGAGAAACUCCUGCAGAAGAAAGCCAACCACCAGGGUCAAGUCCCCUCUCCCACUGCCUCUCCCUCCCUCUCUGACAGGCGUGCCCCAAUAGUGGCCUCACUAGCCAGGGACCCGCUAUCCUCCACUUCUGACCGCUCUCAGGAAGAGGACUCUCUCAUGGGCUCACGCUCUGACCGCCAGGGAGAUGAAGCCCCUUCCCUCUCCUCCUCCUCCAGCCCUCUGUCCCGCAAGAGCAGGAUUCCUCGUCCUGUACAUUCAGCUUCUUCUGCUGAGCAGCUCGCCGCACAAUUCAUGCCGCGCCCACCGCCUGGGAAACCGCCAUGUCGCUCUACAGUGGAGGGCAGGCUCAGGCGUUACCGCAUUCGAGCCGGCAGCACGAGCGACUCGGACCUCCUGACAUGCCUUGCUCAGCUGAUGCACAGUUCCCGAGGCUCUCCUCUUCACCACCGCUCCCCUGCGCAGCAUGGUGGCUCCAGGAUGGGCAUCUGCAGCCUGACCAGCUCUCCACAUCACCACCGCAGCUCCAGCGCAUCCCCGCGCAGCUCCUCUUCCCUGCAGCGCUCCGUCAGCUCCUCACCCUCCCGCCACGAGCACCGUGGCGGAGGGGGAGUGGGUUGCCUUGGCCGUAGCCGCUCGCCUCCUAGCUUCUCUGGCUCGCCGCCUCCCCGCCGCUUCUAUCCUCAUCACCAGGAAUCCUGCUGCAGCCGCCAAGCCCGCACAGGCCCAUUCCACCUGUCAAGGGGAAAAGGAUGUAGCCGAGAGGGCAAGUGCUCCAGCAAGCUGAGCAGAUAGUCACCUGGCAGGUUGUGCUGCCACAGCAGAGGAAAGGAAAACUCAAAUUCUGAUAGAGUAGAACCCAGCCAGGAUUGAAGCCUGAGUCUUCUUAGACAAUUAGAAAACAUUCUCUGCUCCAUUGUUUCUGUUAGUCUAAGCUUUCACUUAUCACUAGUUUCCUCAUUCCUUUUAUUUACUCAUAGUUUAUCAUUUAUUUAUGUGCCCUGAUUCAAAGAAUACUCCAGCCAUUUAGUGUUGCAACUUCAUGAUAUUCAGUAUGUUCACAUGAUGAUGAAAGUUUGACGAUCCCACCUAGAUAACAUAGUUGGGGGUUAAUUCACUCUUGCAUUUAGGCACCUCAAAUUGGACCCAAACUGGCCGAGGCAUUCUGCAGCUUUCACCCAGAAGUCAAACAGCAUAAAUAGCCAGAAAAGGCAAGAGAGUAAACAAGAUGAAGGUAUCAAUAUGGCAAGUUAUAGAGCUGUAGGGGUGAAACAUAUUGAAGAGUAUGAGUGGAAGGAAAACGGUUUGCUGCUUGCUUGCUUCUUUUGGUGCGUGAUGUAACUCGUUAACCAGAAGAGAAUCUGGUGGUAACUAGCUUAAAGGAAGCAUAUCACCUCCUAAGUAGAGUCAGAUAUACUUCUGCCAAUAAAUACAAUAUAUGGACAAAAGUAUUUGGCUGCCUGACCAUUACACCAACAGGGACUAUAAUGACAUUGUAUUCAGAUACACAUACUUUAAUAUGGAGUUGACCUCCC